AUAUGGACGUGAUGAGACCCUUAAUAAAUGAGCAGAAUUUUGAUGGGACUUCGGAUGAGGAGCCGGAACAGACACUCCUACCUGUGCAGAAGCACUACCAGCUCGAUGGGCAGCAUGGGAUUUCAUUUGUGCAGACCCUGAUGCAUCUUCUAAAGGGGAACAUCGGAACUGGCCUCUUAGGGCUCCCCUUGGCAAUAAAGAAUGCUGGCAUUGUGCUUGGACCAAUCAGCCUUGUGUUUAUAGGAAUUAUUUCCGUCCACUGUAUGCACAUAUUGGUACGUUGCAGUCACUUUCUAUGUCAGAGGUUUAAGAAGUCAACAUUGGGGUACAGUGACACUGUGAGUUUUGCCAUGGAGGCCAGCCCAUGGAGUUGCCUUCAGCGGCAGGCAGCGUGGGGGCGGAGCGUGGUUGACUUCUUUCUGGUGAUAACACAGCUGGGAUUCUGUAGCGUCUAUAUCGUCUUCUUAGCUGAAAAUGUGAAACAAGUUCACGAAGGAUUCCUGGAGAGCACAGUGUUUGUUUCAAACAGCACUGAUCCAUCUCAUGCAUGUGAGAGGAGGAGUGUGGACCUCAGGGUGUAUAUGCUCUGCUUUCUCCCGUUCAUAAUUCUCUUGGUCUUCAUUCGUGAGCUGAAGAAUCUCUUCAUACUUUCGUUCCUUGCCAACAUUUCCAUGGCUGCCAGUCUCGUGAUAAUUUACCAGUACGUCGUUAGGAACAUGCCAGAUCCCUACAACCUUCCAAUUGUGGCCGGUUGGAAGAAAUACCCACUGUUUUUUGGUACUGCUGUGUUUGCUUUUGAAGGCAUAGGAGUGGUGCUCCCACUGGAAAACCAAAUGAAGGAGUCUAAACGAUUUCCUCAGGCAUUGAACAUUGGCAUGGCAGUUGUCACGGUACUGUACGUCAGCUUGGCCACUUUAGGCUACAUGUGUUUCCGUGAUGAAAUCAAGGGCAGCAUUACACUGAAUCUUCCCCAGGACAUGUGGUUGUAUCGGUCAGUGAAAAUUCUGUAUUCCUUUGGCAUUUUCGUGACCUAUUCAAUUCAGUUCUAUGUUCCAGCAGAGAUCAUUAUCCCUGGAGUCACUGCCAGACUUCAUGCCAAAUGGAAGCGCAUCUGUGAAUUUGGGAUACGGUCCUUCUUGGUUAGUAUCACCUGUGCUGGAGCAGUUCUCAUUCCUCGCCUAGACAUCGUGAUCUCCUUUGUUGGGGCUGUGAGCAGCAGCACGCUGGCCCUGAUCCUGCCCCCCAUCGUGGAAAUCCUUACAUUCUCUAAGGAACACUACAACAUAUGGAUGGUCCUGAAAAACAUUUCCAUAGCUUUCACUGGAGUCGUCGGCUUCUUGUUGGGCACGUAUGUCACUGUUGAAGAAAUUCUUUAUCCAACUACAGUAGCUGUAGCUGGUGCCCCACAGGGUCUCUCUCUGAAUGUGAACUCUACAUGCUUUGCAUCUGGUUUGAAAUAGUAGAAGAGCUAUGAGCCUUCUGUUGUCCCAGUUCUAACAGGAGUUAAGAACCAGUAUAGUGUAUCGCUGUACAUCUAAACACAGUGCCAAACUCUUGUGUAUGUUGGCAGAAUAUUGUGAUUGGAUCGUGAACUGGUCAUCUUUUGUGCCUGUGGUAAACUAUGGCAGAUUCUUGCUCUUAUCUAAUGACAAUGAAAAAUUUUAAAUUAGCUUUGAAAACUGAAAAAAAAUUAAAACCCAAAACUUAAACAAUAAGCAUACCCUAUUAUUCUUUGAUUCUGUAAGAAACACUUUGAAUAAGAAUUAUCUUUCUUACCACUAUUGAGAAGAUUAAGGAAUUAAACAGUGUGGAAAUUAAAUAGGGACAUAGUUAACAGACUCUUUCUGUAGCAGCCCACAAUAGCAAACAAAGUAAGCCCUUGUGUACAUGUAUGAAAUGUAUAGGUUGUGUUUUUAUUCCAUGGGUAAUGCUUCCAACAGCCCCUGGAAGGAUAGACGAUGCCCACUGACUAUCAUGUAAACAUCAGAAAGUUCUCAGAGCCAGAAUCACUUCACUGUUAGGCUCUACGGAGAGUAGAGAGUACUUCCCUGGGAAGUACUGACCAAGGUUCUGACCUGCUUUGGUCGUAGGUGGAAAGGCCAUUGAAGUAUCUGGAAUACUGCUCCCUCAGUUACUGUCUUAUUUAGGGUUUCUAUUGCUGUGAUACAGCACCAUGACCAAAAGCAGCUUAUGGAGCAAAGAGUUAUUUCAGUUUACAGUUCCACAUCACAGUCCACCAUCAAAGGAAGUCAAGGCAGGAACCUGGAGGCAGGAGCUGAUGCAGAAGCUGUGGAAGAUGCUGCUUACCGGAUUCCUCCUCAUAGCUUUCUCAGCCUGAUUUCUUAUAGUAUCCAGGACCACCAGCCCAGAGAUGGCACCACCCACAAUGGACAGAGCCCUUCCAAAUUGAUCAUCAAUCUGGAAAAUGCCCCCACAGACUUGCUUACAGGUUAGUCUUACAGAGACAUUUUCUUAAUUGAGUCUCUCUUCCAAAAUUACUCUAGAUUGUGUCAAACUGUCAUAAACUAGACAUAACAAUUACCAUUAUAGGAAAUGGAGUCCCAGAAAUGUCAGGUGACUUUGUCGAGAGCUCUUAUUCAAGUCAAGUCACGAGAACCUGCUAUUUGACUCCAUGCAGAGAUUUUUAAAUUAUUAUUAUUUUUCAUGUCACAGUCAAGAAGAAUGAAAAGCCACAUACACCUUAAUUUUAUGAUAGAGUUUAUUUAAUUAUAUUUUCAUCUUUUGAGAGUGUGUUCCUGAUAUUUGAAUAUAUGUGACAGAAAAAUCCUGCCUGGUGGCUUUAUAGACCUCACACAGGAAAAGCAGUUACCAUUUCCUUAAACAGUGGGAGACUGGCUAGCUCUGGGGUGUGCUGGUCACAGGAGGUGAGAUCUUACACAGCAGGAGUCAGCUGACUAGCUGUGCAGUAUUCUAGUCGCAUGCUCCCUUGCCUCCUGGGAGUCCUUUCAGAAAUCAUUGAUACAUGACAAAAUACAGGAUUUUGGAACUUCCUAGCCUCAUAGCAUUCUUACUCAAUCUUCCAUUGAUCUGAGUGGGCAGAGUAAAGGAGCCCUGAAAUGCAUGCCUAGGAAGCUUGAAACAGUAAGAAACUAUCUAGAAAAUACUGAGACACUUCAGGCACCAUCCUGAGAAAGCCUUCUUCACCAUCUCCAAACACACAUCCCAAGGCAAACAAGCUCAUUUGAUGGUGAAGAUGGGGAUUAUGGACUUUAAAGGAAUGAGUGCCGGGUCAUCUUCUGGACUUCUCAGCCCAUAGUUCUCCUGGUUGUUAGUGUGUAAGACGUCACCAAGCUGUCUGUGGAAUUCGCUAUUUUUCUAUGUAAAUGUUAACAUGUUCAGGUUCAGCUUUGCUUACAUCAUCACUUUGUCUUCAGGUGUGAGCUCAUAAAUGUAUCAGAAGCUUUAUUUUGGUAUAAAUUCAUAAGAACCAAAACUUUGGAAACAUUCAUGUUAGAUAUUUCUAAUAAUUUUUAUAUAUUUUAUGUUAAAGUGUUACUUCAAGUCUUUAGUCUUGUGCAGAGAAAGUAGAUGAGGUUACGAGGAAAGUAAUUUCGUAGGAAUUUGACUUGGGACAUAUAUUAAAUAUUUAAAAAUUGCAGUGGCAUACAGUGAGUUAAAACUCACUGAAGAUGAACAGCAUGAGGCUCUUGGCAGCUGUCCUCACCAUAUACUCUACUCUGUGUGCUUAGUUUUAUUUUUGUACCUUCACCUGUUACUUGUGGAAUUCACCAAGUGCAGUGGGUUUUUAAACAGUGGGUCACUGCAGUCCUUUUUAAGUUCUGCACACCACUGUGAGUGUCUUCUCAGACAGGAUUUCCUACAUAGUAAGACUGCCGAAGUCACAAUACAGAAAGAGAAACAUAGAAUGACAGAUAGGGAAAUAGUACAAGUUUUAGUGUGAAUCACUGUUUAGGUGCAAAGUAUAAAAGGCAUGCACUCUUGUAUCAGGGUACCCAAAGAUAUAUUUAUCAUUUGAUCAUUUUUCUAUAAUAUUUAGUUCUGCAGAAUUAUAUUUUCUAAAGAAUUUUGGAGAAGAUAUUUUGAUUCCAGCAGGUAUUAACAUUGUUUGCAGGCCUGGAAGAAAGGGGAAGCGGGCAUACCUGCUGAACUCAUGUUUGCUCUCUUGAUCCAUCCAUCAUAUGGUGGCUGAAAUGACCCCAGCAGUUACUUCCCAUCACAGUGGGAACUUUCCCUGAAAGUUAGUCAGUUGUGUGGGUGCCAUUUCCACCGUGAAGUCAUGAGAGGAAAGCCAUUGUUCAUCUCCCCUGGGCUAGACUCUCAACCAUUAGCUAUUUGUCUCUGUUCCCUGACACUCCAAAGAGUGUUCAUCAGCGUCAGAGGCCACUUGUCAAAACACUGUUCCUACGUGGCUUUUACCACAGACUCUUUCCUUCCACAUGGCCCAGUUUCUUCACAGUUAAGAAGUGGUAGCUAGGAUGUGUUCAGGUUAGGUAGCGCCACUUAAAACAAGCCAACAAUCCUGUGUUUGCAACGCCCACUGCUUCCCUGUUGUGUACGCUGGCUUGUCGCCAAAGCCACUUCUGAGUCUUGUUAGAUGGUGUUCUUAAAGUGUUUAUAAGCCAUUCAUGGAAACACACUUGUGAACUUCCUAACAGGGUGUGAUCUUUGAUAUAUUCUAAGUUCUAGAAAUGUCAGCUUAAGUGUAUAUGGGUGUCGUUUCUAACGGAAUCUUCACAGCUCACCUGCUUCACUUCAGUCCCUGACAGGUGCCAGUGCCUUUGUUACUGAAAAUAUCUAGUAGGUCUUGUAUGCAACUCCUUUUUCUUCUUCUCUCAAGAUGGAAAAGAUACAGAACAAGGCAAUGGAGAUAAUAAAUAUAGUUGUUUAUAUGACAUGAGUGGUUCAGUAGAUAUUAACUGUUGAGCAAUAAAAUAAUUUAUUGAAAUAUAAAGCAUCAAUAGUAUAAAAUUAAAAAAAUAUUGGAAAUGGGUUUAAUUUGAUCAGUUUGACUCAGUUAUCUUCGCUUAAUUAAAAAUUUGUCUAAGGAGGAUGACAGGGUGCUUCCUACCAUUAAGUGGCUGCAUGUUACCUAACCACACGGCUUCCUGGACCUGAUUGCUUUGACUGAGCGUAUAAAAAGAAACAUGGCUAGGUCUAGAAUUUAUUGCCUAGCAAGUGAAAGGCCAAAUCACCCAAUUGUUCAGAUUUCCUGUUAGAACUGGCUACUUUCUAUGUGGGUAGAUCUAUGCAUGCUAACCCAAAGGGACUCUCAUCUGAAUCCAUUUCAACUUUCUACCACAGAUUGGACUGAAUGAUGAUCACAUAGGAAAAUAUAUAUUCAUGACGUGAAAAAUUCAGGAUAUAGAGUUUUGUUUUUCAAAAUUAUUUUGUUAGCUUUAUUGAAAGUCAGGUUUCAUUAGACGUGUCAUUUAUUAUAAUUUAUUUUUCUUUGUAAAAGUAUUUGAAAAAUGUCUGAAAGUAUUGUUAUCUUCUGAAUUGUCGAUAAAGUAUAAUUAUUUUGCUUGCUAUUUAACGCCUUUUAAGUUUUCCAUUUAUAAGAUUAAAUAAAAUGGAAAAUAUCCUA